AAGCACAAAGCAAGGUUAGUUGCAAGAGGAUUUCUUCAGCAAGAAGGCAUUGACUACACUGAGAUGUAUGCACCAGUAGCAAGGAUGGAAGCUAUCAGAAUUGUUAUCAAGUAA